AUGGCGCCUCUUACAAGUUACUCCAGCGGGCCUUUGUUGUUGGCGUCGCCGCUGAUGCUGUUACUGCUGCUGUUUCUCUCGUUUUCCAGAGUUCGAGGUGGGGUGGGGUGUGAGGUAGGGUGAGGGGAUUCAAUGCAUUUCGGUAGUACCCCGCCUUGUUCAGACUGUUGGCAUAUCUGCCAGAUGAGCUGCCGGCCUCUUGUGUUGUUUUGGAAAGCUAAGCGCAAGAAAGCCACUUUCUGUGUAUGGACUGAGAGGCCAGUUACUUCAAAACCUGUAAAUUUCGCUAAAAGUUAAGGGUGUCCUUUUCUUGUUGCCUUCAAAACUUCAUAAAACAGCAAACUGUCAAACGCUGAGGGUAAAUGUGGUUGUUGCAUAUAACCUAUCUUCAGAUAAGAGGAUUAUACUUUAAUUCUUGAAAAACUGAAGGUCAUGGUAUGGCAAUAAUAAAUAGUUGUUGGGACCAACCAAAAGGUUACCGGCAAGGUUUCAAAUGAGCUAGGAUAUUUGUUGGGGAUGUGCCAUGAAUGCAAUCCAGAUUGGAGGAAGACAACAUGGACUUUGUAUGAAUCUGCAAAAUUAUUUAUUAGUUUCAUCUACUUAAGAUCCCUCAAGAAUACAACACAUUCACACAGGCUCUGCAGGGAUAUAAUUAUAAAAGGUAGUUGCUCUAACUAGAUGGCCAGUCUGCUCACACAAAGGAAUGGAUAGAGCUGGCCAAUGAUGGAAGAUUCACAUUGCUCCUUGGCCUUCUGAGCUUUUUGCCCCCAAAUGGCCCUACGAUUUUUAUACUUUAAGAAUAUUGCCUCUUGGUAACAUGCCAUAUUGGUUCCUCUUCCAGCCUUACUUUAAGUAAAUAGACAUAACUGUCCUAAAAUAUGGUAUUAUUCCAAGGAAAGUUCGGCAGUGUCAUCUUUCUGGGAAUGCUCCUUAAUCUGCUAUUUUAAGUCCUGUUUAUUUAAAAUAGCCACCAUUAAUUGGACCUGUUCCCUCUUUGCAUCCUUUGCACAGAGCUCCCUCUGUCUCCUGUUAGUCAUUAGAUGGUGGUAGCAGGUGUGCCACCCAUAUGGUUCUCACAAGUCUGUUUAGAUGAAAAGGCAACCACUUGCAGUAUUUUCCAUGUGAGUAGCAGGUGGUAAAUAAGGCUUCCAUCUGAACCUCACUUACCUACAAGCAAGCCCUUUAAAAUUCGAGAGAGCUUACAUCUGAAGAGACAUAGUUAUGAUUACUCUAUAAGUCUUAAUGGUGCCAGUCUUCUUCCAGCUGUCCUCUGCACAUGAACUCCCAGAAUCAAUUGGAACAUGGUCCUAUAGAUCCCAGUAGAGGAAAAUGUCAUAAAGAUUUAUGAAUUAUCCAGAGUUCUGCACUACAAUGAACCUUGUUUUCUCUUCCAUAGCUUCAGAACUUCCUCUGAAUUUUUAUUUCCAGGUGAUUGCUCCCAUCUGCAUGUAGCCAAUGCUAGCAUAAGGACUGGGAGUCCAAGAGACAGCUAUCCUACUGGGACUGUUUUGCAGUACCGUUGUAUCCCAGGUUAUGAGCCUAUUCCUGGAGAGACUCUUUCUAUUACAUGUCUUGCCGAUUCAAAAUGGUCAGUAGAAAAUCCUAGGUUUUGUCAAGGUAAGUUUCACUUAAUUUUCUGAAUAUCUAAAACUGUUGAACAGCCACCUUAGAUCAGACCAGUUAUGUCAGUAACUUGCUUAUUAACUGGAGGAGGUCCAAACAUUGCAGAAAGUUAGGAAAUAAUAAAGGGGGCUUUUCUUUUGUAGAACAUUGGAGACUUAAAUCAGGGAAAUGGAAUAUUCUGAGCAUCACUCCUCCUAAUGAUGAACUCAAGUGGUGAAUGCCCUUGGGUCUGUAGAUACAAGGUGCUUCUAAGAAACAAGAAAGAGCAAUAGCAUGUUUGAAUGAACCCCAAAGUUUGCAGAAGUACCAGAUAUUUAAAAGGGAACUAAGGGGGCAAAAACAACCCAGUGAAGCUUCGUUGCCUUAAACCUUAGGCAGGAGCUCCAGCUGGUCUUGCUGCACCCACACACACAGGCAUGACGUGGCAGCUCCCAUAAGCUCUUGGGCAAGAGUGGCGUCCAGCACACUUCCCUGUGCCUCUGAGCCUUCAGACUUCUUCCUGGCUCCAAGCAGAGUAUCGCAGCAGUGGUGUGUGCCUUGUGUAGGUGCAAUAAAUCACAGUACAUACGCAACCUUCUUUCUAAUCUUAAGAGGCUUUAAUGAACAGCAUAGCUGGGAGAUCGAGCAGCCAUCCUCCGGUUCAUCAGCCAAGCCACACCUUAGUAGGCUAGACAAUACACAGAACUGUUUAACCCUGUAAGUUCUGAUUCUCCUCACAGAACAUAGCUGAUGGGCUGUCCUUCCUGGGAGGUUUUUAAGCAGAGGUUGGAUGGCCAUCUGUCAUGUAUGAUAUAGUUGAGAUUCCUGCAUUUUAGGGUGUUGGACUUGAUGACCCUUAAGUCACACUAUACACUAUAAUAUUGUGAAGGUGAGAGGUACCAACACUGUCACCUCUUCUCCAAAAGUAGGUGAGGAGGAUGUAUUGGAGGUUCUCACCUUAAAUAAUGACUAGAAGCUGCCCCAGCCUGAAUUUUCUCCACCAUGGCAGAUGAAUAGUAUGCUUACAAAACUACUGUACUUAAAAGUAUAACUGUCUUAAAAUUAUUUGAACAAAUAUACCUUUGUUUUACCUAUUGUAAAACAUACAGGGGUGUGGGAGUACUAUUACAACUUUAUAGUAAACAAAAUAGAGUUUUUAAUGAUCUCAGAUGUCAACUUUUUGAUACUGGAUAGUGUCAGCAGCAACAGUCCAUAAACUUUGAACAUCUAUAUGCCAGAGGCAACAAAGAAAUAAGUGUACAUAAAGCAAGAAAUGGUCUCUCAACUGCUUUCAACUCAUGAAGGAAAAAAGAAAGAACACUUAACGUCUGCAUUAUUAUUGUUCACAUUAUUGUGAACCACCAGUAAAACUGGAUAUUGAAUUAUCCUUUAAUGAAUAUAGUAUUUCCAAGGACACUUUCAGACUGUCUCUAUAUUGUAGGAGGGAUUCAAUUAAAUACCAACAAAUUCAGGUAGCACAGUUGACAUGUAUUUGGUUCUCUUGUGCACCAAAUCUGAUUUAAAAAAAAAAAUUGGACAUUUUGCAGUAAAGAAUGUGACAGGGAAUUGCACUGGAGAUACUGAGAUAAUUUUUUUGAUACAAUGUCGUAUAACCUCUCCCCAAACAAAUCAGGAUGACUGCUCAAACAGAUCAUCUGGAAGUGGCCUUGGUGUCUGUAGUGUACCCUUUUUAUUUUAUUUUUAAAGAAAUCAAGGCUGCAUUUGCUAAUGCUUGUUUUGAUUUUCCUGUUAGGAAGGCGAUGUCCUACUAUAAAUUUAGAGAACGGCAGAAUAGUAAAAUCAAAAGACUUGCGGCUAGGUGAUGAAAUAACUCUAGGCUGUAAUGAGGGGUGAGUUGUAGGUUGCCUUGUACCUACUUUGCUUUGUUUAGAACUCCUGGGAGGGGCUCGUGACAGACAUAUUAAUUGUUAAAAUAUUAGGCUAGAUUUUUGACAUUAAUUCUUAUCUAGUUGUGUUGUUAUUAUACUCCAAAUAAAUUAAUAAACACAAAUAAGCAGCACCUAAGAACAGGUCUACCAUUUCUGGUUGAUUUGGUAACUGAGCAACGGCAACCUCUGGCUUCUGAGAAAUGUGUAUUCAGGUCUUUCAUUUGGUUAUUUCUCAGUGUGUAGAACUGUCUUUCAAUGCUGGCAUCUGGAUGUUUUUCCACUCACUGAUGAAAUCCCCAGUUCUUUCCCUGGCUCCUUUUACUCCUUGCAGCCCUUAAUUAAGUGCACUGCUGCUUCAAGCAAGUUCACAGUUCUCUGUUCAUUUCUCUAAAAAUAAAAUAAAACAAAUAUGCUAGAAUAACUAUAUUAGAGGGUUUUCAUAUGCCCCUCUAACUUCCCGUUCUCUCCAGCAAAAUAUACAUAAUAAUAUUUUGCAGAGUUCAUGUGAUCCACACUUUCUCAACCACAGCUCUGCCCCCUAUGAUAUGGUGUGAUAAUCAUGGAUUUUAUCUACAAUUGUGUUCUACAAUCCCUUCUCUCCAGCAAAGUAGACACAAUAAUAUUUUGUGUAAUCCACACUCUCUCAGCCAGACACCCUGCGAUAUGGUGUAAUAAUAGUGGAUUUUGUUUAUAAUCUCUUUGGGAAAGUAAUUUUCUUAAUGGCAAUAAACUCAAGUGGGGUGGGAUGGCAUUUUUAAUGACAUAAGGUCUGUUGGGAAGAUCAUGAAUUCCUGCCUUUACUGCUCCCCUUUGUUUUUGAGGUCACACACUACUCCCCAUCAUAGCUGAAUGUCAGUCCUGGAUUAGAUACCUGAAUUGUAUUUCAAGUACUUCACCUUGAAUCGAGGAAGUCCACUACGAUGAAAUUUGAAAGCCUAGGUUGCUGCUGUCCAAGCUACUGGUGUUUUUAUGUUGGUGUGACUUUUUCUGGGCACUCUUUAACAAAGAGAUAAUUCCUGUAUCUGGAAUUAAAUUAAAUUGCUAGCUUGUCUCAACCUCGACUGAGAGCACCCAGAGAAAGGGCUUUUUCAGUUGCCCCACCUUUAGAAUCCUCUCCUCAGGAAGUUUCCCCUGGGCUCAUUUUCACAUUGUUUUAGCAGCAAGGGAAGACCGCUUUACCAGGUCUCAUUCAGUGUUGUUUGAACUGGCUUCAAUCCUACUGUUAUUAUAUUCUUGCUGCUGUGUUGUUUGUAACUGCUUUUGAACUGGUGUGGUUGAUUUUAUUUUUUUUCUGUUUAUGUCAACUAGCACAGUGGUGACUCUGUAGAAUGGGAUAUAGUCUAAAUAAAGCAAGUGUACUAGAUAAGAAAUAUGCUCUAUCUGCACACUUUAUGUCCCGUGCAUUAAAAUACAAGAUUUGUCUUUCUCUUUAGGUACAGAAUGGUAGGCAUAAAUACUCUUCGAUGUAGGCUUAUAAACAACAACGUUAAUUGGAAUAGAGACCUUCCACUUUGCCAACGUAAGAUGAGCUAGUUUGAAUUUAUUAAGUGUGAGCUCAAUGUGUUACUGUGUUACUUUGUUUAUUGCAAAAGUGUAACCAAUAUACAGAGUUCAAGAUAUUUUCUGAUCAUGUACCAUAUACACACCGUCAUGGUUGUUGCCAACUAGCUGACUUCACCUACAGCUUUCCCCAGAGCAGGAAAUUGGUGUUCUGAAAUAACCCAUUUGUUUGCAAAAUCACACAUAAAUGGGAACUGAUGGAAUUGGUAUUAGAUCAAGGAGAAGUCGUGUGCAUAAGGAAUUGCUGAAGUCAUUCAAACCAUUGCCAUUCCCUACAAAUGGAUAUAUUGUUAAUCAGGAACCCUACAGAGCCUGUCCAUUAAGCCACUUUUCAACGUUUCUUGGAACAGAAACGAUUUCUUCCGUUUAAUUUAGCAUUUAAGUUUUAGUGGAAGCAUCUUUGCUUCAUUGUUCUUAUUCAGACAAGAGAAUCUAAGGGAGUAAAGCAGUGCAAAUAGAACGUGUGCAUUGCACUAAUCCCACAUUGUGCUCAGAGCCACUGGUGAAAGGGGUUAGUUUGGGGAGCACCAGAAGGUCAUCAUCUCUGUGGUUUUUCAUAUGGGAGCAGGGGAGAGAAUCAUGUAUACCACCUUGAACUCACUGGAGGAAAGGUGAGACAAAAAUAUAAUAUAAUAUGAAAUGAAAUGAAUUAAAAAAUUAAAAAUUAAUUUGGCUACAGCAGAUUCCAUAAUGCUUCAACAUUUUUUACCUAUUUUUUUGGGCUCACCUUUUGGCCUGAGUGCUUAACACUUAACCAUGGCCUCUGAGGAGCCUGAAUUUGAAUCAUCCAUUGGUUGCCCUAUAUAACUUGUGGGGACUUACAUACUCUUGGAAUUAGAGUUUCACCUGUGGGUGGAUUGGGGAGCAAUUGGGUCAGAUCCCCCUGAAUUACUGGAAACCUCCUGGAACAUCAUUUGCCUUUUCAUCUAAAGCAGUCUCUUCUGGGCCUCUUUACAUACCUUUCAAGUGGUUUUCUGCAUGCGGAGGUUCUCUCCCCGCUCCCAGUGGUUUUCAGGGGUUCAUCCUUUAUUACAUCAUUUAAAAAUACUUUUUAUUAAUUAAAAAAACUAUGGAAUUCAGCAAAUUUAUUUGACCUACAAGCAAAUAUGGUUGCUAAAGUGACUUAGGGCAUUCACAUACUCUCAUUGCUUUCCCUUGGUAUAAUAGGGUCCUUGUUUUUGUAACCUUUCCUUGUCUGACCAUUCUGUCUAUGGUAUAUACAGUUUUAGUCACUUCCUUUCAUGCAUUCACAUACCUGUGGUUUAUCUAUUUUGGUUUUAUGUCAUGUAUGAAUUUGUUCGAGAGCGAUAUGAAAUUGUAUAUGGACUAUGUAUAUUGUCAUUAAAUCCCAUUUGAUACCCUGCAUUUUGGGGUCAGUCUUUAUUAUUUUUCUGUGCACAGCUGUGACGGCAGCCCUGUCUCCAUAGGCAUGCAUGAGGGGAAAUAAAGGCUAAUAGUAAGGAAGCUGAGGCCACAGCCCCCGCCCCCGAGCAUUCCUUGCUCUGAAGGUGGCACUGGGGCUUUGACAGCUCCCUCUGUGAAGCUUCAAGGCUAGCUUGCUUCACAGAAGAUCUAGUUUGCUUUUGAGGAGGUUGUAAUACCUACACACCUAAUACCUAAAGUCCACUUUAGUUCAGUGUUUGGGUGACAGCUAAAAUGGAUGCUCAGGCCUUGAAUUAUGAGAAGAUUACUUCAUAAAGUGGAACAUCUUUUCCAUGAAAAUAACUUUAGUCCAAAUGCAAUGCUAACAGAGAUGCUUUUACAGUUGUCGUCCUACUGAACAGUUAAUGUUGCUUUUGAUCCCCAGGAAUCCCCUGUUUCCCCCCUCCUAAGAUUGCCAAUGGUCAACACAGUGAGUCAAUCGAUGGACAUUAUGACUAUGGCACAACAGUGACGUACACUUGUAAUGCUUAUUACUCACUUAUUGGAAGCCGUACUAUUACAUGUUUAGUGGCUGCAGAUGGUGUAAACGGAGAGUGGCGUCCAGCUGCACCUGAAUGUAAAGGUGAUGGAAACUAAUGUUUGGUACCUUUCCUGUACUAUGUUAAUGUCCUUUGUGAACAGUGGCAGGAAAAAGUAAAUCCUUCUUGGAAUUUGCUAACUUUGCAGUCUGCUAAGCACUGUGCUGCUGCUGUUCAGCCUGUGAGGUUUUCAGUGGGAUUGCAAUUGAUUCAGUGUGGGAGAUGCCCACACUGCACUGCCCCCUCAAUGAGUUGCUUGUUUUAACCUGAGUCAUUUUCAGAGGAGCUUAUGGUCUGGUCCAAUUAAAAUAAUCACUAUUAUGUCCCACUGAGAACAAAGGAACCUAGAUUUGGUUGUGAGUAUGUAUUUGAUUAAUUUCAUUUGGACUUAAUCAUUGCCUUUAGGUUGUUUUGCUCAGGGUGCUAGGAAGAAUAAAAACAAUAUAAAUAUAAUGUUUCCUGUAACAAAUGGAGGAGUAUUAAGUAGUAAUUGUUAUCCUUUAUAGUUUUAGAUUUGUUUGGCUUUCUACAUUCUAAGAGCUAUCUGCGCAGGAAUUUUGAUAAUGCCUGUCUCUGAAGUAGUUUAUAGACCUGUAGAAAUUUAGUUGGAUUGAAAUUAUAUAUUUUAAUCGGCUUAAUUAGUUAUUUGAAGUCACCAGAAGUGUGUUCACCUAUCCAUAAAAUAAAAUAAAAUAAAUCCCAAACAGGUGUGCUAAGAAUUUACUUCCAAACCACCCCUUAAUGGUUCAUGCCUAGGUGAAGAAAUAACACCUUAAAGCAAAAUGCAACCAAGAGAGCUAUACAAGCUCAGCAUCUGGUAGGGACCCAGUUUAUUAGAGGAACCAUUGCAGUAGGGAAGCCUCUCUAAACCAGAACCACCAGUUAGGAGAACUGCUUCAAAGGCACAUUCUACCAAAGCUUUUACAAGAUUUUCCAAACACAAUACAUUAUUAGCCAAUAACACUCAUACGUAAAGAGAGGUCACAGGUCUUGCUCCUCUAUAUUAUCUUCUUUCAUUCAUUAUCUUGAGUACCCCCAUACUCUGGAGCCUCAGGAAUCAUAUUUCAUCCACUUAUCGUCCAUCUUCCAUGACAACCAGACCAUUAAAAUGUCCUUAACAUACCAUUCCUGUAGCUUCCCAUGUUUUGGAAGACUCAAGGUAAGAGCAGCCUAUAUUCUAAACAUCCUAAACAUUUGUGCUGAUAAACUAUGCAAACAAUUUUUGAGAGAGAACUAUAUAGGAAAUUUGUAGUUCAGAGGUUCACAUAAGGUAUCAAGAAUACAGGAAUUGAACCAUUCAUUGAUACAUAGCUUUUACAUAGAGAAUAAAUGCAAAAUAAACAUACAGUGGUACCUUGGUUCUCAAACUUAAUCCGUUCUGGAAGUCUGUUCCAAAACCAAGGCACACUUUCCCAUAGAAAGUAAUGCAAAAUGGAUUAAUCCGUUCCAGACUUUUAAAAACAACCCCUAAAACAGCAAUUUAACAUGAAUUUUACUAUCUAACGAAUCCAUUGAUCCAUAAAAUGAAAGCAAUAAUCAACGUACUGUACUAUAAAAUAAAUAAGGCAGUACAGUGGUACCUCGGGUUACAUACGCUUCAGGUUAUAUACGCUUCAGGUUACAGACUCCGCUAACCCAGAAAUAGUGCUUCAGAUUAAGACCUUUGCUUCAGGAUGAGAACAGAAAUCGUGCUCCGGCGGAAGCGGGAGGCCCCAUUAGCUAAAGUGGUGCUUCAGGUUAAGAACAGUUUCAAGUUAAGUACGGACCUCCGGAACGAAUUAAGUACUUAACCUGAGGUACCACUGUAUUGUAGAUGAUAAAAAAAAUGUUUUUUUUAAAAAAUUCUUACCUGCACUGAUGAUAGUCAUUGUUUGGAUGGGGGGGGGUAUCCAUUUCCACAGUCACACAAUCAAUUAGUAGCUAAACUGGGUUCCACACAAUCACAAAAACAAAUUAACCGAAAAAGCCACAACAAAAACACAAAAUAAAUAGCAAAAACAAAAGCGCCUAAUUUAAUCCGUUUUGGAAGUCCAUUUGACUGGUUUGCAUAGAACACUAGCCCAUGAUACAACAAACCACAAGUAAAAUUCGAAUUUUUCCACAGACAAAUAAGCAAACCUUUGUUUUGUUUUCCGGGCGCUCUUCCUUCCUAUCUUUGCAGUUUGGUGACUGUCUGAGGUGGGAUGGCUAAACAAGCCACGGUUAAGAAAAGGGUGCUGGGUGCACCUGUAAUGCAAAUCCACAAUUUAAAUUUUAUAUGCUAACAUCAGACUGUAGUUUAUUGGCAAUAGUUAAGUCCUUGUGCAAGCUUUAGCAAGCCAUAGUUUAAAUAACAAGUAUAUUUCUAAAUGCUGUUCUUUUCAGUGGUCGUAUGCCGUAGACCUGACAUAAAAAAUGGAAGAAUAACAACUGCAUAUAAGCCUGCGUACACCUAUGGAGAUCGUAUAAUAUCUGCAUGUAAUCGUGGAUACACUCUGGUGGGGAAUGACAGUAGUGUAUGUGGGGCUAACAAUGCCUGGCAACCUCCUAUUCCAACAUGUGUUAGGCGUAAGUAUCUUCCUACACUUAAAUGGGUUCCUUGGGAAGAAUCACAGGGUAUAAAUUCAAUAAAUAAAUGUCCAUAGAAAACGGGAGAUACGUAGCCGCUCCAGCAACAUAUCUCUAUUUCCUCACAUCCAGAAACGCAAGAAGGGCUUUUACUCUUGCUAGAAGCUCGGUCUUGCCCUCACCAGUUCUGGAAGGCUUCUAUAGAAGAAUCCUGUACGCACAGAGACUUUGCGCCUGCCCAUUAGGGGAAAUAGGAAGCCCUGAACAUAUAUUUUUUUAGAUGUCCUUUUUAUGUUGAGAUCUGUAGAGACACCAUUGAUCCAUUGCUGAAGAGGCUCGCCGAUCUUUCAGACAAGUCUAAACUUAAUUCUCUCCUCUUAGGCAAAGAUCACAGGACAACCUGGCUGGUAGCCAGAUUCUGUGCCCAGAUUUGUAGGCACAGAUCAUCCUCUAGAAUAAAAUAGCUCACUAGGGAAAUGCUGAAGUUGCCCUUUGGGUCAAUUUUUUUAUGGUAGUUGUAUGGGUGUAUGUAUAUAUCUCAAUUUUAACUCAUGAGUUAUUGCUGCAAUCUGCUCCGAUUGUAUAUUUUAUCUUUAUGAACGCUGUUUUUAUUGUGUUAUGUUACGGGAGCUGGUCUUUGACUGUAAUAAAAUCUAAUCCAAUAAAUAAAUGUCAGAGCUAUUGUGUUGCACUUUAAAGCAGAUCAUCCUUAUUUCUUUGCCCCCUCUCUUUUCUGCUAGAAUCCACCACCACUGUUGCCACCAUCCGUCCAGGUGGAAGUACCAAAAAAACAACUGCUAGCAGACGUGAGUUAGAAAAAUGUGACUUAAAUAUGAGAUAUUAAAUUCAGGAUUAGCUUACUCCAUGUAUGCUAAUAGGAUAUAUAAGAUUUCAUAAUUAAACCUCUUGGUGGCAGCAUGGAUGGGGUUCUGUUGUUUUCCUGACUUCUUGGGUCACAGCCACUUACCAAGAUGGGGGAGGAGUGAGGAGAGGGGAUUACUGCAUCUGGUGGACCUCACACCUCCUCAUCCAGUAACAAUCCAUGAUAUUGGUUAGUAAUUUCGCCCUUUCACCACCUGCUCCACCUGUCUGGGCCAGUGACUCACUCGUUGUUCCUGCUGGGGCCGCCUGCCACCAGGGGGCAGGAAGACCAAGGGGCAGAAGGAGUUUUCUCCUUCAUCCCCACCCCCUGCCAUAUCGACCCACAAAAGAAAGCCCAAGUUUUGAAGUGCAAUCUUCCUUCUUUUGGUGGUGGCAAUGUGGGCAUGGCAGUGACUUCUUCCUGGGCCACUUGCUUGCUUUGCUCACUUCACCAGCCUACUCAGACAUUUCUCUCUUUUGUUCUGUCCUGUCUUCCGCAUCAGUGGUAGCAUCAGUAAUGGUAAUCCUUGACUGCCCACGUGCACUCUGUUACCUGCCCAAUGAUGGACAAGUACUAGAGGAAAAAUGCAGAAAAAUGAGAUGUUGAAGAAAAGUUGGCCUAUAAAAAAUUCAAAAUAUAAGUAACAUCAGAUUAUUAUUAUUAUUAUUUUAAAAAACUAUUUUAACUUUCUAAAGCUGAUUCCAGAGACUGAGACCAUAGAGGACCUGGUGUCCUGAGACCAUAUGGCACCCUAUACGGACCUUUCUGACUCCUAAUUCUGAAAGAACACAUAAAUGCAGAGCAAUCAGCACUUGAAAGUUGAUAUAAAUCUCUUUACACAGCUCGUCCAACCACUGGAGGUGGAGGUGGUGGUGGUGGUGGAGGAGGAGGAGGAGGAGGAGGAGAUGAAGGAGGAGGAGGAGAUGGAGGAGGAGGAGUAGAUGAUGGAGGAGGAGGAGAUGGAGGAGGAGGAGUAGAUGAUGGAGGAGGAGGAGGAGACGAUGGCCUAAACCCAGAAAACGGUAAACAAUUGCUUUUCACUGUUAUGAGUUGAUGUGGAGAGUGACCAAGGAGUAAGCUUAUGGAUAGAACCAGAGUGGAGGAAAUGGACCCUUGUCAAGAACUGGGGGGGCGGGGGCUGGUGCUGUGGUGUUUGUUAUUGUAAUUAUCUGUAUUUUUAAUAGGUCUCUCUCUCUCUCUCUCUCUCUCUCUCUCUCUCACACACACACACACACACACAGAGAGAGAGAGAGAGAGAGAGAAUUUAAUUGUUUUUACAUGACUUUUUAAAGCUGUUACCAUUUUAUCUAUAAGCUGCCUUGACUCCCUGUCUGGGAAAAAAGCAUGAUAUAAAUAAAUAUAAAAAUAACAAUCCCCCCCCCUCUUUUGUAUAGGACCUACAAACAAACCACUGACAACUCCCCUCUUUUUUUAUAGGACCAGGUCCACAGACAACGCUUCCUCCAGACGAUAUAGGUACAGCGGAAAGGUGGUAGUGACAGCAAAUUUAUAAGCUUGUUUUUAGAUUCGGUAUAACACUUCUAAUGAGUGUGGUAGCUUUUUAAAAACAGGAAAUGGUUUUGAGCUGAGAAUGGGAAGUUGCCUUCCACCCAGACAGUUGGUAGCUUGCUAAGUAUUGUCAACUCAGACUGGUAGCAAGUCUCCAGGUUUUCAGACAGGGGACAUCCUGGGCGCUACCUGGAGAUGCUGGGCAGUGAAUCUGGGACCUUCCAUAUAUAAAUAUUCAUUCUUAUGUAUUUAUCUGUCUUGUGACUACCCUUCCUCUGCAUUGGAGAGGACUCAUUAAUCUGAUCCGCCCCCCUGAGACUUAAUGGAAUUUGAUGGGUUCUUCUGGGGCAUUUUGUAGUAGGCAGCCAACAGUCCUCCUGAGACCUUAAUCUCACAUUGGAAUAGGGAGAUACAGCGGGCUUUCAACAUAAUUGCCCCUGUAUGCCUUCUCUGGCACUGUUGAGCCCACUUUGCUGCCUGGCUUUCUGCGGUACUUGCAGCAGUGAAGCAGGCUGGAUGACAACUAGAGUGCAGAUGUAAGGCUCCAUAUGAAGUUAACCAUUCACAUGUUGGGAGUGUAUGGCAGUGAAAGCUACAAAGGCUUAUUUUUCUGUCUUGUUAUUGGCAUGUACAGCCCUGAACAACUUGGAACCAGGGAACACCUUACCUUGUAUACUGCUGCCUGGACACUUUGACCCUCAGGAGAUACACUCUCAGUAGUGCCAUGUUCUGCUGAGGUUCAUCUUAUGUCUAAUAAGACCAGGGGCUUUAGUGUGGCAGCACCUGCCCUUUGGAUUGCGCUUCAAAUGAACAUCAGGCAGCCAUCUUGUCAUUUAGGCAGCUGCUUAAAGCUUGCCUAUUCACUCAGCCUUUCCUUGGAAGGUGAUUCAGCUGUGUUGCUAUAUUAACUUUGUCUACAGAUUUGUGAUACAUUUUGUAUUUGUUUUAUGGGUGUAAGACACUUAAAAAUACAUUUGUAUGCUCAGACUUUUCUGACUAAAUAUUAUUCUACUUAAAUUUUAUAUAUAUCUCUGACAUUGUUUAUUGUUUGCUGCUGAUUUUAUUUUAGUUUGUUUAUAUUUUAAUACCUACUAAAAUGUUUAACAUGUUUAACAUUUUAGUAUUGAAUUUUAUUCUAUAAACUGCUUUGGGAUGUUUGGAAGGGAAGAGGCUUAAAUAAGUAAUUAGAAUGUGUGUGAAUUAUUUAAAAGUGGGAAACCCAUUUCUUGGUUCCAGCGAAAUACCUCUAUAUUCAGUCUUCCAUUGUGUACUGGAGUAGAUUAUUUCCAGUUAUUAGUUGUACUAUAUUUUAUUCAGUGUGUGACACACACAAAUGCAUACUGGCAUAGAAAGAGAGAGAGCACACUACGAUCUGCCACAAUUACAUUGCUUCAAAUUUUAGCUCACACUUUUUAUUUACUUCUUUUCUAGAAUCUGACAACACCGCAACAAUUAUUAUCGGUAAGCAAUUACAGAGCAAGUUACUUCGCUGCUAUUGUACUUUCAUGCCUUGUAGUAAUGUGUGUUUCCUUUACCUUUUACUCCAGUUUUGGUUUAAAUGUUGAAGACUCCUACUUGGAGAAGAUGUUGAUUCUUUUUCAAAUAUGCUUAGGGUGCAAACUUUUCUCCAAGAUCUGCUGUUUAUUUAUUUAUUUGGUGAGGCCAGCUCUGCUUCCUCCACUAUCUUUGCUCCUGUAAUGUACAUAGCUGUCUCUAAAUUCAGCCCAGACUUCCCCAUGCUGUGACUUCUAAUGUUCUUGCACCUGGGUGUGACUGGGGCUUUUAAAAAAAUCCUCAGGAGUAAGGGUGUCUUGAGCUCAGGCAUGCCAACUCUAGGGGGCCUAGUGUUGAGGUGGCUGUGUAUGUGAGACACAUCACAGGGCUAAUGUGCCAGCUCCUUCAGAGUGCUUGGUCUCCUCCGCUGCACGUGCAUGACACGCGAUACGUGUGACAUCACACGCAUGUUGGGCCCCCUCAAUCUUGGGGGCAACCUGGUGACUCUGCUUCAGCUUCACACACUGCUUGGGUUGGAGAGUUGCUCUUUGAUUGUCAUUAGGGCCACUAAGUCUGCAGACAUCUGUUAGGGGCAGGAAGAACUCGUUGCUGCAAUCAAUCUCUGAGGACAACUGCACAUCUGCCCCAAAAGGGGGUAACUGCAGAUGUACAGUGGACUCGCUGCUCAAGGUAUAUAUGUGCCAAGUAACUCAUCCACCCGAGUGGCUUUAAUGUCCAUUGAGCAUUACAAGGUAAGAAGAAGAAGAAGAAGAAGAGUUUGGAUUUGAUAUCCCGCCUUUCACUCCCUUUAAGGAGUCUCAAAGCGGUUAAUAUUCUCCUUUCCCUUCCUCCCCCACAACAAACACUCUGUGAGGUGAGUGGGGCUGAGAGACUUCAAAGAAGUGUGACUAGCCCAAGGUCACCCAGCAGUUGCAUGUGGAGGAGUGGAGACGCGAACCCGGUUCCCCAGAUUACGUGUCUAUCGCUCUUAACCACUACACCACACUGGCUCUCAACAACUUGUCUUGUGACUUCUAUUGAUACUAUUGCUUUCCCUCAACACAAAAAUAAUUACUUUGUCUUAUUAAUUGGUACUACGGCAUAUCACUGGAUUUAUUUCUUUUUUCCCUUCAAGGAUUGGUCCUGGCUAUUUUAGUUGUGCCUUGUCUAAUUGUUGCAUUUUGGAAAUACAGAUCGUCCAUGAAAACUAGGUGAGCCAGCCCAAGAGCAGCUGUCCCUGAUUCUCUGUUGCCUUCUUGGUUGCUGAGUGAGCUACCAUAUGCUUCUUGACUUCACUUUGCCUUCUACUUUGCUCACACUUUCCGCAUACAUGUGCUUAGUGUUCAGAAAGGGCUUGCACAUUUUUUGUUGAACAGUUGCACUAAUCUGCUACCACAGAAUAAAAGCACAGUAAUUUUUCUAGAAUGGGUAGUCAGUAUUUUAUCCCAUUUGGUGUUCUGAUGUGACAGAAAUGUUCUGUCUCCAUUUACAUCAGCUGUCCAUCCUAAUGCUGACUUCACAAUGACUAUUCUGGCCCUGAAAAUCUUGAAAUCUGCUAUUAAAUAAAGUUUUAAAACAUUCUGUAUUCUACUGGGGCCACCAAGGGUACUUGCAGUUUGCGGUUAUUACUUUCAGAAAUAGUAAGCAGAGGCGGAGCUAGCUGCUCCAGGACCCGGAGUGGCCCGCAGGGGUGGGGCUAGCCGCCCGCGGAGUUGCACCUACAGCGGGGAGCGUCCCAGGGGGGUAUGCUAGCAGCAGUGCGCGUCCCAUGGGGGCGCCACUCAUGGCGAUGUCACCCCCCUCGGGGAUGACACCAGGGGUGGGCUGUACCCACCUUUCUCCACUACCGAUAUUAAGAAAAUGGAUUUGUUGAAUAGUUCUGUCUAAAGGCAGUAAUGUGUUUUUUUUUAUUUUCCCCCUAGAAGAAUCUAGGCCAAUGCUAUAAUCAUUCUAAACCAACAAUUUGCAGCAAUAACUUAUUCUGCACAUUUCUCUCGCAUGGCUUUUCUUUCUUUAUUUGUAUCCAGUGCUUUCCAUUUUUGUUGUAGCAUUGUAUGCAUGAUUUUACUGUUUAGAUAUGAUGCAUAUAUUUUCCCAUCGCUUUGUGAGUGCUAAUUAAGCUGUUUCCAUAGAUUAAUACAGAAAUUAUUUACUCAUUAUGAAUAUCCAGUGCAAUAAUUUCUGUCCCAGGUAGGUUACAUGUCUUUUACAUCUGUGGGAUUCAGAUUUGAUACCAAAGCAUGCUGAUUGUUGUGUCAAAGGCAAGAGUUCUGUUUUAUGCAGAGGCAAUAACAACCCCAGUAGAGUAAAGGGCAGGCUCAUCUAAGAGGAAUCUGUUAGUAGUUACUAUUUUCUAUAGUUAGUGUGUUAGUCUCCCACUCUUAUAUCUGUUUUGCUUAUAUAAUCCUAAUUCACAUCAUCUGCUUUACUUCUAAUAUCCUGCAGUUGCCAACAAUCAGUGCAUUACUUCUGAAACUUCUGAAAUUUAUUUUCCUGCCCAAGAAGCAACAGCAUGGCUACUGUUUCAAUGUGAAAGUUACUUACAAUACUUUUAAAAUUUGAAUAACAUGAAGUGGAAUGUAGAUGUAUUUGUGUGUUGCUUUUUUCCUUCCUGACAGGAAAACAAAACAAAAUGGUGUAAUGUUUGGAACAUAGGUAUUAAUUUUAAAUAUUUUAUUUUAUUUUUACAGAGUACCCGAAGCUCCUUCUAGUCCUGCUCAAUUUGACAAGUCGGUAUCAAAAUCUGGAUUGGAAGCCAAAGGUUCUCAAUUGAACAAGGUUUCUUCAGUAAACCUGUAA